GAUGAUACACCGAGAAAGGUUCCUGAACCCAAAGGAGCUACUGCUCUGUUAUAUUUGUUCUUGUUGAAAUGACAUGACAUCUCGAUACGUUUGAUGUAAAGGACAACACAUUUCCAGCUGUACUUGUGUGCAGGUCGGGUUUUCACAGGAAUAACUAAACUCAGAUGGGUCAGGCACUGUGGAGGCUGCCUCCCAGACAACAGCAGCAGCUUCAGGAAGAGCUCGCAGACCGACUGGCCGACCAGGAAGAAGGACAGGAGCAAGGGAGAGAUGGAGGUCCCCAGAGAAGAGCUCCUCAGCAGUGUUAUGGUCCUGACAUCUACCAUCUGCUGAGAACACGCAUUGGAGGUAAGGAACGGCAUGGUUUUAUAGACUUGGAGAUGUUGCCCCCUGAAUUAGGCAUCACCAUACUUUCAUACCUGAAUGCUACUGAUCUGUGCCUGGCUGGCUGCGUGUGGCAGGACCUCGGAAAUGACGAAUACCUGUGGCAGGGGCUGUGUAAGUCCACAUGGGGACACUGCUCCAUCUACAACAAAAGACUUCCUGCUGGAUUUUCAUACAGGAGACUUUACCUCCAGCUGGAUGAAGGCUGCCUGACAUUCAAUGCUAACGCUCAGGAGGGUAUUAGUUACUUCAUGUUCAGAGGUAUCCUGGUGGAUCAUCCCAAAGAGCUGGCUAAAUUCAUCUUCUACACCAGACGGCUCAACUGGAAGAUGCUGAGGGUUUAUCUGGAUGAGAGGCGGGAUGUUCUGGACGAGUUGGUGACGCUCCAUAACUUCAGUAACCAGUUCCUCCCCAACGCUCUGAGGGACUUUUUCAGACACAUCCACGCCCCCGAGGAGAGGGGAGAGUAUCUGGAGACCCUCAUCACCAAGUUCAGCCACAGAUUCUGUACCUGCAACGCCGGCCUGGUCCGAGAUCUGGGCCUUAGUCCUGACGCUGUGUACGUGCUGUGCUACAGUCUCAUCCUGCUGUCCAUCGACCUGACCAGCCCCCACGUCAAAAACAAGAUGUCCAAGAGGGAGUUCAUCAGGAACACUCGCCGAGCAGCACAUAAUGUCUCGGAUGACUUUGUGGGCCAUCUCUAUGACAACAUAUACCUGAUCGGACACGUGGCUGCGUAGCUGCCGUCCCAACUCUCAUACUGCACUAAAGAUAGGACACAUGUCUGGGGAGAACGGAACACUGUGGAAAUGGAUUCAACAAUAUUCACCACAACCACUGAGUCUUGGUAGAAUGGUUAAGAAAAACCAAUCAAAUCCACCACUGCACUGUGAGAGACUCUGCUACCAGAUAUGUUAUUAGAUUUUUAUCAGAGGUGUGAAACAUCUGAAGUGUCUUUAAAACCAAGUCACUGCAAAGAAGGAGGUUUUAAAGAGGAACCAUGAAGACGAGCUCUGACACUGCACUGACGGAUGGUGACUGCUGAUGGGUGGAGGAGGAGCACCCCCCUCCGCCUGUCACACAUGCCGGGACAGUCCUGCUGCUUUCCUAUUGGACAGCUGCUUUACGUUCACUAGUAGGACAAACUCCGGCUCAUUCUUGUAGGAAGUGGCACUGAAGACCACUCACUAAUAUCACUAACAGCAUUUACCAGCGGGACUCAUGACGGAGGUGCCUUGGAGCUCUAUGGCUGCACCUUCAUACAUCAUGCAGCCGUAACAUGCAGAAAGCUAGCUGGAACAGCUUUCUGUGGCUCAUACUACAUCUUUCUCUUUUCAGUUUAUGACAAAAUGAACAACACAACAACACUUUCAUGCAAUAAUAUGUUCUUACUUACUUUUUUAAAGAUUUGCUUGUAUGUGUUCCAAGAUAAAGGCGUCAAACUGCACAGACCAAGGUAAAAAAAGAGGUUUCAGUCGGCUGAGUGUCACCAAUCAACGCCUACACCUGCCAUAUAGGGCUGGUCCACUCUCAGAAAUAUUCCAAUAUAGGAUAUUCAAAUCUAAAAUACAAAUGAUGAUGAUGCUAAGGUGAUGGAAGGAAUAUGAAUCAAGCAUUAAGUUUGUUAUAGUUGUACGUUUAAUUCUUGUUAAUUUUGGUUUCAUAUUCCAACUACACAUUCAUUCAGACUUAAGAAUGAUAAAUGUAAGUCAAAUACAUGUUUUGUUUCUCCUGGGGAGAAUGCCGCACUAACAUACCUGUCCAAUUUUAAGUUUUUGUUUAAACUUGCAAAGUAAAAAAACUAAUUUUAAAAACAUGUAAAUCCUAAGGACUGCGUGGAUUCUGAUGGAUUGUUUCAUGAUGCAUCUCAUGGUCACACAUGAAAGGAAGAGUAAAUAGACACUGAGUAUUUUCAGUGUGGCAGGAACCAGCUGUAUGAAAUUGAAUGUAUUAAUAUACAUGAAAUGAGGGAAAUAUUGAAUCUCUGUGCUUUGAAGGUGACGGAUCUGAAGCAACUGCUUGUUAGCUGCUUAAAACAAAAGUGUUUGUGAAGCGAGGGUCUGUGAUGGACCUGGAUCUAAUUCUGCCAUCGGUACCAAGGUCAUGGCGAGAGUGUAGAGAUGACAAAGUAAAGUGAAGUAGAACAGCAGAUGUUUAUCAAGUCAUCCUGCAGUUCAGACGCUUGACUGGUCACACGAGGACAGAGCAGUAAGUUGUAUAAGGUUCAUGAAGUUCUUGUGUUUUAACAACACACACAUAUUAACCCCUCAUUACCACAGCUUGAGCGUCAGUUACUGAAGUCCUGGCCUUCAAUUUAUAUCAAGAAGAUAUUGCUGCCAAGACUUAAUGGCAUAAUCCAUCAAUUUAAAUUAGACAUGUAGUUAUAAUUACUGUCAAGCACUGCAGCUGUAAUCCUGUCAAAAGCACUGUCAUUCUUCCAGAAAUGACUGAAUGCAUCUCAAAUUAUGAAUUUAUCAUCAACAGUGCACAGUCAUGGGAAAAUCAGAUUUUUUUUAACACUAUAAUAAGCAGUGUGUUAAAGUAAUAGGUAAAAUAUAUGUGUAGUUAAAAAUGAUGGAUUACUUGUGUCAGUGCAGGAAUAUGUGUGAUUAGUUUUUAAUGGAUUGGUUUUUGCAAUAGUGAAAGUCCAUGACAUCUGGAGGGCAGCACUACAAUACAGAAGAGAUGUGGCAUCUGUUGAAAUGGAAGUAUACAAUAAACUCGAAUGUGGACAUAAUGAUGGCUUCUAACAUUUAAAUAUGAAACACAUUUUCAGCUGCACUGAUUCCCAUCAGACCUGAAAGUAGCAUGCAGUCGCUGAGUCCCAGCAGCUAGCAUGUAGCCGCAGCUAACAGGGAGCAGGAACAGCAAGACGGACAUUUUUUUAUUUAUACCUCUAUUUUUUUAAUGAAGUGUUUAUAUCCUGACCUAGAUAACUAGUUGCAAUUUGUAACAAAUAUGAAAGUCAAAGUAAAUUCUCUGUUAGGAUUCUCUGCAUUAGAUUGUAAAUCUGACCAUGGUUGUACUCGGGGAAAAAAGUAUAUUAUUGGAGAUAUAUAUUAUUGCUGAUGGUGCACACUGACUUAUAACCAUAAUGUUAUUGUUUUCUUUAAAUGAUCUAGGAAAUCCACGUCCUGUUGUGUUGUUUUUCUUUGUGGUUACUAAGACUGUAUGACUGACACAAUGUACUGAGGAAGUGUUCUAAAUGUCUGCCUCAUUAAAACAGGGCUUCAUUUGACUGAU